AUGGGCCCCUGUACCGCCUCCUCAUGCUGCUGCCAGGCCCGUAAUCUGCCAUGGGCCCCCGUACCGCCUCCUCAUGCUGCUGCCAGGCCCGUAAUCUGCCAUGGGCCCCCGUACCGCCUCCUCAUGCUGCUGCCAGGUCCAGAGUGUGUCAUGGGUCCCUGUACGGCCUCCCAUUGCUGCUGUCUCCAUCGCCACACUCUGCCAUGUGCCACUUUCAGGCUCCUCACACUGCUGGUGGGUUCCAUUUUUGUCAUAGGGUGCUGUAUGGCCUCCCAUUGCUGCUGCCUCCACCGCCACACUGUGGCUCCACACUCUGGUUUUGGCCCCGUGACUGCCCAAAUGAGUGAAGUGUGCGGUGAUUCUAAGAUCGACGGCACUCAUCUGCAUGUCAUACUGACUGACAGUAUUAUUUCUCUUCCCCAGCAGACUCCAAGGGCAUUUAAAUUAAAGGUACAGUGUUCUGCACUAAUAUAA